AUGAAGGUUACUGCUGCUGCCGCUACCUUUGGCCUGGCCACCCUCGUUAGUGCCGUCAACACCGACCGCCACCAGGCUCGGGACCUGGACACGACGCUGCGCGUCAUGAACAACGUGCUCGACCAGAUGGUGGUCGUCGACAACACCAUCUCGGCCUUCAAGGAUGCCACCGACCUGCCGGCCGUUAUGGAGGUCGGCACCAAGAUGAUCGCCAUCAUCAGGGCCUCGGACGAAGAGAUCCUUACCAUGACCCCCGUCCCGCUCCAGGAUGCCAUGACCUUCCAGCCCCUGAGCGACAAGCUCAACGCCCAGGGUGACAAGCUGCUCGAGAACGUCGAGGCCAAGGUUCCCCUGUUCGGCAAGGCCGGCGUCUGCCCCACUCUGCACACUGCCGUGUCUACCAUGGGUGCUGGCGUCGUCAAGCUCAUGAACGACGUCUCGGACAAGUUCCCCCAGGAGGGCCGCCAGAACAACGCCCACACCAUCCAGCACUUUACCGACUCGUUCGCCUCGGCCGUCGCCAAGCUCAAGGCCUGUGCCGACGUCAACAACGCCGGCGGCGGCAAGCACGGCGGCGACUACGACUCGGCUCCCGCCCCCUCGGCCACCUACAAGCCCGCUGCCACCGCCACCGGUGUCGUCCCUCCCCCGCGCGUCUCGGGUGGUGCCCGCAACGGCACCGAGGGUGCCACCAAGACCCCCAUCGUCACCGCCGGUGCCUCUUCCGUCGUCGCUAAGGGACUCGUCGCUGCUCUGGUCGCCGCUUUCUUCUUGUAA